ACAUUUCGUAUUAUCGAUAGCAUUACUGGACUUACAAUGAGCAAAAUUACGUAAAUAUUUCAUAGUAGCUGUCAAUCCUUGCUGCCUCGCAGGCCAGGUCGAGCAACCAAAGUGGGGCAAAGUUUGCGCAUUUGUGUUGAAACAUUUGCAAAAUGUUUUGCACGGAGAGCUGCGACCACUGCAUCCAUGCGACUUCGUCUGGCCGCGUUUUGAGCCCAAGGAAGUCGCAAGCUGUGCAGCACAAGCUAUCGCAAGUCAGGCAGCAGCAACCUAUGCAAAUGAGGCAGCAGCAACAACAGCCACAGAUACAGCAACAACAACAGCAGCAAGAACAACAGCAACAACAAAUCAACUACAACUUGCGCUAUGCUCCGAUGCCAACGACAGAGUUCGACAACGGUUGCGAGGCCGAUUCACAACAGCUGGGAGUUUGCAUUGUGACCGAGGGUCCCGAGGGCUUUAGCUUCGACUGCAGUGUGCCGAUUCCCAAUAGUUUUAAUUAUAAUGCCUAUCAGAAUUUGGUACAAUUUUUCACGUCGCACGACAACAACAACAACAGUCACAUGUCCCAGCAGCAGUCGCCACAGCAGUACUCAGUGGCUAGGCCAGCGCCAAGGCAAAAUUGUCAAAAUGAGUUUAUGCCACAGCAGUAUCCGGCGCUUAGGCCAGCGCUUAAGCCAGCGUCCAAACAAACUUGCAUAUGUCCGGAUGCCGCCUAUAAUUCAGCGCCACCCACCGCGUCAAAACCGGCCAAAUGUCCCAAAGAGGAUCGAGCACAGAAGCGGGCAUCGCAGCAGCAAUAUGCGGUGCUGCCGCCUCACAGCUACCCAACAACAGCCCCGUCAGGUUCGGCCAAGGCCCCGCAAAUAAAUGCUGGCUAUGGCUCGGUAACACCAAUGGCUCCACCAUAUCAAAAUCAGCAGCCGUGCGAACCCUACUGUCAGUUCCAGAGCAUGCAAUGGCAGCAGCAACAGCAGCAGCAGCAACAGCAGCAGCAGCAACAGCCAAAUAUAUGUACCGCGACUCCAGAUAUGCAAGUCCAGCCCUUGAUGCGCUUUGAUUUGCCAUGCCGGCUGGUCGAACUGCAGCGUGAUAAUGCAUGUCCAGAUCCAACGCAGCCUACGUUUGUGCUUCAGCUCUUGGCGCCUAUACAAGCAUCAGGCUAUGCCGAAGACUUGCCAAUGGGACCAAUGCCCGACACGCAAGGUAGAACUGCACCAAGAAAUUCAUUAAAUUCUUCAGAAUUUUCGUCACCAAGAGCCUCACAAAGUCCGCCAUAUCCACCAUGUCCACCAUAUCCUCCAUAUCCAAUGACAGCAGCUCUGCCCAAAUACCAACCAUAUAAGAAAGGGCCCCCAAAAAGCAAUGAUGCUGGCCGGACGGAAAACUCUUGUUCGCAUAGGCUAUCGGACUAUGAAAACGGAUUGGGAAACGUGAAUGGAAAUAGAACUAGAAAUGGGAGUGCGAAUAGAACUGGGAAUGGGAGUGCGAAUGGAAGUGGGAAUCGAAAUGGUAUUGGAAAUGGUAUUGGAAAUCGUAUUGGAAAUGGUAUUGGAAAUGGUAUUGGAAAUGGUAUUGGAAAUGGAUAUAGUAAUGGAAAUGGUAAUGGAAAUGGUAAUGAAAAUGGUAUUGGAAAUGGAUAUAGUAAUGGAAAUGGUAAUGGUAAUGGAAAUGGUAUUGGAAAUGGAAAUGAUAAUGGAAAUGGUAAUGGAAAUACGAAGCAUGGCUACAGCAAUAACAGGCUCUGUCCUCGCUGCUCGCAUUGGUGCUGCCAAUUGCAUCCAGGAGCACGACAGGGCGGCGGCUAUAGUCAGAGAUUCUAGAGAAAGUGCUUUAAAUACUGAAGCAAAGAUUGAUCUAUACAAAAAUAUUUAAUGCGAACCCAUAUUUUAAAGAAUGAUUAUCAUUAGGCUUCACUAAUCAAAGCAAAUAAUUGGGCAAUUAAAUGAGACUAAAAA